GUACAAUUCGUAUUGAUAUUUAUAUAAAAUGUGAUAUUUUCAAUAAAAUUACAUGUACUUAUAUUUAAAUUCACUAAAAUGAUAUAGUUUAACUUAUGAAGUUGGUGAAUCUGUCAUGCCGGUCAUACCGGUAGUGUCAUGCCAGUUUCAUGACCAGAACCGGUUGAACCAGGUUCAACCGGUGCCAUGCCGGCUGGCAUGACAACCAUGAUCCUCCGUCACCCACACACAACAAUCUUACCAUACAUUACACAAGGUACUAAAAAUUUCUAUUAAAUCAUAAUAUAAUUCACUUAUAAAUUUAAAAAAAAAAACAAAAACUUCUUGACCUUCUUAAGAAUUAAGAUACUUUCUGGUACAGGAUGUUAGUGGGGUUAUUCCCAUGACCUCCACGUUCAUCCACUCUUUCACUCAUUUCCAGCACAAACCACAUCUAAUCGGAACACUAUAUAAAGGCAAGCGUGACCCUCAGAAGCUCUCACACUGUUGAAAAGCAUUACCUAGAUUUUAUUUGUUUGAAAGCAUCCAUGGAGUUCCGCAGUCUAUCCCAGCUCAACCUGCAUGAAGACAACGCCGCUGUCCGCGUCAGGAUCCUUCGAUUAUGGAGGACAAUGAAGCCAGAUGGCGUGCAGAUUCACCAACUUUAUAUGUUGCUGCUAGACAACGAGGGGACAGAGAUGCAGGGCUUAGUUAGCUCCGUUAAUGUACCAGAGUUUCAGCCCAUUCUUCAGGCCGGAAGGAUUUACGUCUUCAGAAACUUUGUGGUUCGUUCCUAUCAUGGUCACUAUAGGGUUUCGCCUUCUACCCGCCGAAUCUGCUUUGGUGAUGAUACAUUGGUUGAAGAAGUGGCGAAUGCGCAUGAUAUACCGACGUAUAAUUUCCGUUUUUUGGCUGCCGCGGAUCUACCGCAAGCUGUCCACAACCAUGCCUAUAUGUCUGAUAUAAUCGGCGAGGUUGUAGCUGCCGGACCAGAACAAGCACUAUUCGAGGAUGUUGCUGUUCUAAGGCGAAAAACUGUUGACCUCAGAUUGAUAGAGGGUGACAUAGUGGAAGUCAUCUUAUGGGAUGGUCUGAUUGAUCAAUUCCAAGAAUUGAUGCCUCAUCACCCGGGACCUGGAACCACAGUUGUGUUCACCUCUGUGGUAGUUCAACAUUUCAAUGGUCAACACUACUGUGUUGGAUCAAAUGCCACCAAACUCUACUGCAAUUUGCACUAUCCUCACCAACACCCUUUGCUGAAUAAUAUAGAAAAUGCUCUCCUGGCUAUUGACUAUACUUUGGAGGAAGCCCUAGGGGUGAGUAUCAUCUCUUCAAUUCCUGAGCUGAACAUGUACAAGACUGACAUCAAUAACCAGGGCAUUUACUUUAUUGUUGAUGCCCAAGUGAAAGAUGUGAAUAUCUUCUGGUCCCCCUCGAGGCUCAAGUUUAUGGUGCAGUUGAAUAUUCAUAAAGGAUCUGAUGAAGUUGUUGUUAUGUUUACGACAAGCAAGUUCCGCUGGAUUGCAAGUCGUAUUAUUGAGGGAACAGAUAGAGAAUGGACCCAGAACUUCAGCAUUCUCUUGGAAUCUUUAAGGGGUCAAUCAUUCAAGUUGAUGGUCGAACUAGGUGGUUUCAACCAGUUGACAAAUGAAUUUGAUGUAGUCCUGCGCAAGUUGUUCUGGUAGAUAAUGUUUCGUCAAGGGAUUAGUGGUUUAUGGGGACGUGAAUGUGUUCAUAUAUGUUUCUUUCUUUAUUAGCUUAACAUUAGGACCAGCAAGUGUUAAUUAGCUGGUCAGUCUAUUUGCUAUCAUGUUUCUGCUUUCUAAGUACUGAUCAUGUUUCUUAAAAUUCAGUUAUGAAAUAUAUUUCCUUAAAUUUGGUUUCUUAAAUUCAAUUUUGUGCCUUUUCAAUUGAAGGAUUUUACCUACUUAUAAUCUAGAACACAUCACUCUGUUAAUAGACAGACUCCAUCACUUAAAUAAAACCAAGGGAGUUUGGUACUUACAUAGCAGGGUCCAAGAAGUCAGUUGCUCCAAAGAGUUUGAGCUAGGAUGCUUUGGAAUCCUUCUCUCGCCAUAGAGACAUGUAUAUCUCCUAAUUGUAAAUGAGAUUUGGAAAUGCUGUUGUGCACUUAAACUUCAUGUGGCUUUAGGUGUGUCGAAGAAUUCCUGGUAAUCAUGAAUCACAAGUCAUUUCCUAAAGGUUCUUCCAAUGAAUCCAAGAAACAGAAUGUUGUAAGCAACAUAAUUGAACUUACCUCAUUCUAUUUAACGACUGUCGGUUCGUUAUUGGCAGCCUUCUCUGGACCCUCACUUUCAAACAAGAAAGAACCAGUCCCUUGCUUUCUACCGCGAUCGUGAAACAAGUGCUCUUCUUCAUCGAUCAUCCUACGAAAUUUUUUUAAUAAAAACUCAUUAUGAUAUAAUUACAUAAUAAGGAGCGAGUUUCAGAUCACCUGUUUAUCAAAUCCAACCGAAGGGCAAUAAGUCAAACUUAAAAAGUCAGGUAAUUGAGGAGUGAAUCAAUUCAUAAGUUAUACAAAUUUUGACUCCAAACCCCAUUUAUGAACAAGCUAUAACGAAGGCAAUAUAGUGUAGUACAAGCUUACGAAUUCCAAUCUACAUUGAGCUGACGUUGAGAUCAAGGCUUCAGAACAAGAAACAUGACAUUUGUGCCAUGGGUCGUAUGGAAAAAAGGAGAAUAAACCCCCUACCAAUUUGACAAAGAGUAAGAACGAGGAGAUGGAGAGGGGUACUCUAACAAUCGAAGGAGGACAUAGAUCGAAUGACGAACGAAAGGGGACAUCGAUUUCAGGGGGUUACCUCCACUAUCGGCGAAGGCACAACAGGAGGCGCCAUUUUGUAGUUUUGCACUCGACUGUAAACCCCACCUUGACACCCAGCGGGAUUCAUCUUUCAAUUAAUCGGGCGCCAACAUUCUAUUGGGGGAUUGCGCUGAGGACGUAAGAAUUGUGAAGGGACGAAGUUAUGAAUCGCGAUCGAGAGCCGUCAAGUCUGGCGGGGAGGAGCAACAGAGGCGGAAAUCAAGGAGAGGGACUUCCAUUUUCGUAUUCCGAUCCCUUUGUCUGAAGGAAAAUGUAUGGACUUCAGUUUUUGAUUGAUAAAAGAGGGUAGAUGGAUACCAUUGAUGUUCAUGGAGACGAUGAAGUGAACGGAAAGAGGUAGACAUCAGUGAAGAGGCAUAAGAUGAGCAGUCGAAUGGAAACGAUGGAUGACGGAUCUGUGAUAGGAGGUUGUUUUAGACAAUGUUGCCCAGGAGUCUAUAUCCCAUCCAUCAAAGAAUUGUCUGAAGAUGACGGAUACUCUGCGUUUUGGUGAGUUUCCCAUAAACCAUUCUUUGGACA